UUUGGUUUGUAUCUCAGUGCUAGGCUUUGUAGCAGUGGUGUUGAGUUGCUUUCCUUAGUUUGCAGCUGUUUAGAUUUGCUUGUUGAGGCUCUAGACCACCUUGGGUGGAUCUCCCAUGUUUUAGUUUCCUUUGAGUUGCUGUUGGACUAUUGUAUUCGAACUUUGUUCGCCCUGUUUUUUA